AUGCAGCUCCGUCUCUCUUUCACACUGCUGCUCGCGUCCCUCGCUGUCUCGCUCUCAUUCCUCGCCGAUGCUUCCCAUGCGCUCCCCGCGAAGCGCAACAACAACAUGCUCACGCUUCCUUUGAAGCGUCUUCAUCAGGCUCGGUCCGAUAUCCAUCCCCAAGUGCUACUUCAGCAGCACAUAAAUCGCGGCCUUAAGCGCCAUGCGCGUAUGACCGGUCGGGUUCAGCCUAGCAAACGCCAUCUUGAAGCGAACCUGAACAAGCGUCUCUACGUUCCACCGGUCGGUCGGCAGAACCGUAAGCGCAAGGAUGGUUUCCGUGCCCAUAGCGGUGAAGCGGCUGCUAAGGGUGAGGCUGCUAAGGGAAGUGCGAGUGCCACUCCUACGGCGUCGACGGCAUCUGCUGGUGGCAUCAAUAGCACCGCAGAUGGUAUCCCUGAGAUUGAUGUUGAAGCUGCUGAGAACGGCGGUCUGACCUUGGCAAAUGCACCAACUGCCAACAACUCCCUGGGCCUUGAUAUCGAGGCGAACGAUGUUGGUUAUGUCGCCACAGUCCAAAUCGGUACCCCUCCGACCGACUUCAAAUUCCUCAUGGACAGCGGUUCUGCAGAUAUGUGGGUUGGGUCGGAGAACUGCACAACAGAGGGAACCACCCAGGGUUGCGGAAACCACACGUUCCUCGGUCCUGAGAGCUCAUCUAGCUUCGUCACGAUUGGCAAGCAGUUUGAGGUCACCUACGGAACUGGCCAAGUUGAGGGUGUCACCUGUUCCGAUAACGUUAACAUUGCUGGUCUGGCAUUGAACAACCACACGUUUGGUGUUGCGAAUGUCGAGAGCAGCGACUUCUCUGCGGAUGAUAUUCCCUUCGAUGGUCUCAUGGGAUUGGCGCAGUCGACCCUCUCCGAGGAAGGUGUCCCAACUCCUGUUGAGGCUCUCGCGUCCGCCGGUCUUAUCAGUGAAGCGAUUGCAUCCUUCAAGAUCUCCCGUCUUGCCUCUGACUUGAAUGACGGUGAGAUUACCUUCGGCGGGCUCGACGACACUAAGUUCGAUGCCAACACGCUCGUGACAUUCGAUAAUGUGAACACUGAGGGCUUCUGGGAGGGUGCACUCACCGCAAUCACAUCCAACGGGCAGAACCUCGGGCUCACGGGCCGCACCGCGAUCCUCGACACUGGCACAACCCUCAUCAUUGCACCCCCGGACGACGCCGCUGCCGUACACGAGACGAUUCCUGGCGCUCAGUCUGAUGGCGAGGGCGGCUUCACGAUUCCAUGCACGACCAACACGAGCAUUGCCCUCGAGUUUGGUGGCCGCUCGUUUGCGAUCAACCCUCUCGACCUGUUAUUCGCGCCCGUGACGGACGAUCUCACCGGCGAUUGCGUUUCCGGUAUCUCAUCUGGUGAGAUCGGAGGUGCGACAGAAUGGCUGGUCGGCGAUGUCUUCCUGAAGAACGCAUACUUCUCCGUCAACCAGAACACGAACCAGAUCUCGCUCGCCGUCCUCGCGCAGGACGGCUGA